CACCGCUCACGUUUGAGUGCGAAGCUCAUUUCAGCUCAAUUUUCUUCACAAAUCCUCCUCAAAACUCCCGUAAACAUGAACGAACACCCGGAGCAGGAGGCAGAAAAGCGCACGGCGUCUAACUCGAGAGAAGAGGCGGCUGCGGCGUCCAGCAGCACAGAGAAGAGACGGAUACAGAAGCUCGGGCACCGCGGGCUGCUGACCGAGGAGCAGGGAGCCAAGAUGGAGCACCUGACCACCGCGAGGGCCACCUACGUCCUGCCCAGGGGCCCCGCGGUCAGGCUCACAGGACGCAGACGAGAAAACUUGGAGCAGAACAUCGCUCGGACCAUAAGAGAACAGAUCGAGCUGCAGAUGAAGUCUCCUCCGCGUGACCCGGUGUCCUGCUGCUCCGUCACCCACGAAAGCUUCAGCGUCGCGGGCUUUGUACCUCUGACAGAGCGCCUCACUCCGGUGCAUGACUACACCUCAGAGCCCAGCGUCACGUUCUGGAGCGAGAACCACCAGCACAUACAGGGGGUGACUCCGGUGCGGUCCCCAGGCGCCCCGUUCAGGAAGUGCUCACAGUUCAGCCGACCAAUCGGUGAGCGCGUGGACGAUCCGGCCCCGCCCCCCGAGGACUGACGGCGAGUAACAGCUCAUCAAGAGUUUAAUAAAGACUGAUCCAUGGCAAAGGUCAGU